AUGUCGUCCAGCGCGUUCGCGUCGACUUCGUUCGCGACCGCGCGGUCGUCUCGGGCGAAGCAGUCGUCGCCACCGACGUCGACGCUUCGUCGAUCGAUGGCGACGAUGACGUUUCAUCCCGAGCACCGCUCUUCGAGCGUGCGCACGCGCGCAUCGUCCGCGUCCACCUCGCCGACGUCCGCGGAUGCGAUCGAGCGAGCGAAGAAUGCACUUCUGGCCGCGAUCGAGGGCACCGAGCGAGGGAUCUUGGCGAGCGAUGAGGAAAAGAGGAAGAUCGACGACUUGGCUCGAGCGCUCGAGGCGCUGAAUCCGAACCCGAAGUCCCUCAGCGCAUCGUGUAUCAACGGCGAGUGGGAGCUCGUAUACACGACAUCAGCGAGUAUUUUGGGUACGAACAAACCGAGCUUCUUACGACCAUCGGGGAAGAUUUACCAAACCAUCGACGCCGACGCGCUCCGGGCUCGGAACCGCGAGACGUUUCCAUUCUACAACGCCGUCGAGGCCGAGCUGACGCCCACGAGCGAUUCCGCGGUGAAAGUGCAGUUCAAGAAAUUUUAUGUCUUGAAUGGUCUGAUCAAGGUGACGGCACCCGAUCGUGCGCGAGGAGCUCUGGACAUCACCUUUGUCGACGAUACGGUUCGAGUGAGCCGAGGCGACAAGGGAAAUCUCUUCAUCCUCGUGAUGCACGACAAGAUGAAGCGAUUGAGUUGA